UCGUCUAUUUUAUGGCAUGACGCAUUUAAUAAAACCAUAAAAAAUAUAUAAUAAAGAAAAAACUAGUUCAAGUGCAAUUAAAAUGUGGAAGUCUAUGAACUACCAAAAACAGCUCGGCCAAAGAUAUCAGCUGUGCGCUGGGCGGCCGUUAUCUGUGGGCAUGGCACUGGAGCAGCAGACCUCCUCAGCCUUUGUGACUAUUCUGUAUCAUCUUGCCCGCAAUCCCGUCAAGCAAACGCAGCUGCGUCGCGAGCUGCAGCACAUUUUGCCCAGAUCCGAGGACGCCCUAACCGCUGAGAAUACCAAGAAUAUGCCUUAUUUGCGCGCCUGCAUUAAGGAGGGUCUCAGGAUUACCUCCAUAACGCCGGGCAAUUUUCGCUUAACCACCAAGGAUCUGGUGCUCUCCGGCUAUCGCGUGCCACGCGGCACGGGCGUGCUCAUGGGCGUCCUGGAGCUGUCCAAUAGCGACGAGUACUUUGCCCACAGUGCACAGUUUAUUCCGGAGCGCUGGCUAAAACCGGACACCGAUGCGGAGACACAGUCGUGUCCGGAGGCGCGCAGCCGUAAUCCCUUCGUGUACCUACCCUUUGGUUUUGGACCACGCACGUGCAUAGGCAAACGCAUUGCCGAGCUGGAGAUGGAGACGCUGCUGGCGCGUCUGCUGCGCCGCUACCAGGUCAGCUGGCUGGGCCAGACGCCGCUGCAAUAUGAGAGCACCAUUAUACUCUCACCACACGGGGAUAUACGCUUCAAGUUUGAGCCAAUUCCUGAUUAGAGAUUAAAAAACGUGCACUUUUAGAGCAUUUAGAAGCAAUUCCUGGGAAUUGGACAAAAAAACCCUUAAGCAGGAAGCAUAAAUAAAACAUUAGCACAACUGGCUCAAAAUUAACUGGAAGUGUAAUAAUAUACCCUACGGCAAUUCGGUCAUGAAGUGCAGAAAAAUAACACAAGAGCUUUACUUUUUAUUUGUCUUCAUUUUUUUUCUUAACUCUGAUUAGUGUACGAAAUGUAAUGUUGAUAGUUCUUUCAAUUAAAAUUAUUUAAAGUGUCAGUCAAA